CUUUUCAUGUGAAAGGAGUGGCAAGUCUUCGAUACAGAAAGUGGUUUUCCAUAAGAUGUCACCGAAUGAGACACUAUUCCUCGAGAGCACUAAUAAGAUCGUCAAAGACGACAUAAGCAACAGUUCGUUCGUGUCGUUCACAAUAUGGGACUUUCCCGGACAGAUCGACUUCUUUGACUCGACUUUUGACUCGGAGAACAUCUUCGGCGGAUGCGGUGCUCUUGUCUUUGUGAUCGACGCACAGGAUGACUAUAUGGAAGCGCUGUCUAAACUGCACCACACGGUGAAAAAGGCCCAUCAGGUGAACGCAGACAUUAAGUUUGAAGUAUUCAUUCAUAAAGUGGACGGACUGUCCGACGACCAUAAGAUUGAAACCCAAAGAGAUAUCCAUCAAAGAGCUAAUGAG